AUGUCUCCACUGCACUUUGGCGCACGAAGGCUUCUCUUCACGUGGCAACUUUUGUGGCUGCUGGCCCCAGCUGUUCCCAUUCCAGAGUUCACUGGAAAUCCAGUCCAGUUGACUUCAGAGCCCUGGAUGCCAACCAAGGUCUGGUCUUGGCACCCUUCUGAUCAUCCACCUAAAGCUGCACAUACUCGAAUAUCCAAGACAGACAUAGGGGCUGUUGAUUACCUGGGGUCCUCUGUUUCCAGAGAGAUGUUGUCCCCACUUGAGGAGUUGACUGACAGUUUACUUCCGUUCCAGGACCCUAGUACUUUUCGGAAGCUGAACCCAGAGUCUGAGGAGCUCGUUCCCCAUAAGGAUCUGACCAACAAGCUGAUACCAACUGGGAAGCAGCCAGGGAAUAUUUUAACGCUAAGUGGGGAUCAAAAUCAGGCUCCCACUCUGCCUGAGUUCAAAAGUACUGCCAGUCUAGUUGGGGCUGCAGAUAAUCAGUUGUAUGAAAUAGUUGUUCCACCGCUAGACAGCCAGAGUUCAAAAGCAACAACGUUCAUUGUUUCACCCAAGAACUUGAAGAAGGAUCUAGCUCAGCACAAGAAACUUGCUAAAGUGGUUGUUGGAAAACUUCAAGUUCAGAAACAAAUCAUGGAUGAUUAUUACGAAGAUCUGACUAUGAAUGAACCUCAUUCUUAUAACCUUCCUCUGCAAUCCCAGGAGAAGGCAGAUGAAGCUCCUGAGCUCUUAGAGCAGGUUGAACUCAACCAGAUGGAGACACAAACUCGAAAUCCAGAGACUAUAAAGGAAGUUGAGUCAUCUCCAUAUGAGGAGGAGACUCCAACUCAGACUCCAGGUCCUCUUGUUGGAGCCGAACUUUUUCUUAACCAGCAGCAGCAGCAGCCAGCUGAACCUUCUGAGGAAAGUGAAUCUCCUGGAAUUUAUCUGGAAUCUUCAGUUCAGCCUCAGGAGGAUUCAGAGGAGGUAGGGCCCUUACCAACCCAACAGGAAGAUCUAUCUCAACAUUUAGGCCCUGUUUUGGAGGAUGAAUCCUCUCUCAGUGAACUAGAGCAACCAAUUCAACUUUCUGAGUCUCCUGAGGAGGUAGGAUCAGGUUCUGAAAACCAGCCAGGAGCCUCAGUUCAGCCUACAGUAUUCCCUCUAGUUGAGCAAGAGGCUCCAUUUGGAGCUCCAGAGUCCCCUAUUGAGACUGUAGCUGAAACUUCACCAAUUCAUGAAAUCCAGCCAACUCAAAAUGAAGAUUACCGAUAUCACUUGCCAAAUGUUACAGUUAGACCUGUGGCUGUGACACUUACUAUAACUUUGGAGCCUAUCAAGGAGAUUGACUCUUUUCUGGCCCAGCAGGAGUUUCCAGUGCAUGCUUUAGAGUAUUCUGAUUAUAUUGAACCCUUUCUCAAAGAGGAGGAGCCUCCAGCUCAGGCUUCUGAGACUCCUGGGGAAAGUCAAUUUGAAAGCCAGCUGGAGGUACCAGUUCAAGCCUCAGAGUAUGGUGAAGAGUUUAAAAGUUCUACAACGGAACAACCAGCUCAAUUUCCAGAGAAUCAUGAAGUGACAGUUUUGCCCUCAAAUCAUUAUCAGGCUCAGCAUUCUAGCUUGUCAGAUGUGACUGGUCAACCUUCAGAUCUGGAUAUUACCAUAACAGAAAACCCCAUAGAGAUGGGAACUUCUCCUGUCUAUCAUGAUGCUGCAGCAGCUCCUGAAGAGGUCGAAUUCCUGACAAAUCAACAGGGUGUUCUGUCUCAAUCUCUAGAACCUAUUCUGUAUGAUAAACCUUUAAGCCAGCAGGAAGACACAACUGGAAUAUCACAGAUCUCUGAGGAAGGAGAACCCUUUCCAUCCCAGCAGGAGUCUCCCAAACAUAGUCUAGAGCUGCCUACUGAAGAGAUAGCUCAACCUCCAGGUCACCAUGAGCAUGUUGAGACUCAGCAGCCAAACUCAGCUAAAACCACAGUUCAGCCUUUGGAUCUGGAACUUGCCAUAAAUCUGCAACCUACUAAGGAGAACUUUGCUCAAACUUUGCAGGAGACCACACCUCAAGUUCACACUCAGCAUUCAAACACAACUGAAGCCACAGUUCAACCUUUGGAUCUGGAACUUACCAUAACUCCACAACCUACUGCUGAGGGAGAACUUCCUCAAACUCUACAAGACAGCACAACUCAGAUCAUAGAACCACCUACAAUGCUUGUAGUUCCAGUCCCAGUCUAUCAGGAGGUGAUAGUUCAGACACCAAGUCAGGAUCAAGCUGAGUAUCUACCUUCACCCACUGUCACAUUUCAGCCAUUAGACCUAGAACUCACCAUAACUCCAGAGGCUACCAGAGAGUCUCACCAUCCUACAGUUCCACAGCAGACUAUAAUAGUUCAUCCUCCAAAGCACCCUCUGGUGAUACAUUCAGAACAAGUUCAGCAUCCAAACCCAACUGAAGGCACAGUUAAACCUUCAGAUCUGGAACUUACCAUAACUCCACAACCCACUGCUGAGGGAGAACUUCCUCAAACUCUACAAGACAGCACAUCUCAGAUAAUCAUAGAACCACCUAUAGAGGUUAUAGCUCUAGUCCCAGUCUAUCAGGAGGUGACAGUUCAAACACCAAGUCAGGAUCAAGCUGAGUAUCCAACUUCACCCACUGUCUCAUCUCAGCCAUUAGACCUAGAACUCACCAUAACUCCAGAGGCUACCAGAGAGUCUCACCAUCCUACAGUUCCACAGCAGACUAUAAUAGUUUAUCCUCCAAAGCACCCUCUGGUGAUACAUUCAGAACAAGUUCACACUCAGCCUCCAAAUCCAACUGAAGCCACCGUUCAAUCUUCAGAUCUGGAACUUACUGUAACUCCACAACCUACUGCAGAGGGAGACGUUCCUCAAACUCUACAAGACAGCACAACUCAGAUCACAGAACCAUCUUCAGCAGUUGUAAUUCCAGUCCCAGUCUAUCUGGAGGUGACAGUUCCAACACUAAGUCAGGAUCAAGCUGAAUAUCCAAACUUACCCACUGUCUCGUUUCAGCCCUUAGAUCUGGAACUCACCAUAACUCCAGAGCCAACUAAAGAGGCUGAAUAUUUUACAACUCCAAAGAAGACUAGUGCUUUUCUUCCAAGCUACACUCAUAUGACACUUCCACAACAAGUUCCUGUUCAGCACCUAAAGCCAACUAAAGGCAUAGUUCAACCUCUGGAUCUGGAACUUACCAUAACUCCACAACCUACUACUGAGGGAGAACUUUCUCAAACUGUGCAGGAGAGCACGUCUCAAAUUGCAGAACCUCAUAAAGAGAUUGUAGUUCCAGCCCCUGUAUAUCAGGAGGUAACAGUUCCAUCACCAAGUCAGGAUCAAGCUGAGUAUCAAACAUCACUUCAGCCAUUGGAUCUAGAACUCACCAUAACUUCAGAGCCUACAAAAGAGGCUGACCAUUCUACAAUUUCGAAGAAGACUAUAACAGUUCAUUUUCCAAAGCGCCCUCUGGUGAUAUAUCCAGAACACUUUCAAACUCAGCAUCUGAACAUAGCUGAAACCACAGAUCAACCUUUGGACCUGGAACUCACUAUAAAUUCAGAACCUACUAGAGAGGCUGACCAUACAAUCCCAGAUGAGGCUAUGAACCUCCCAUUGGACCAGUAG